AUGUAUAAAAGUCACCUCUAUGGAAGGCCAACAAUCAUCGUAACAGAUCCAGAGAUAUGUCGACCCAUAUACUUAGAUGAUGAAAUCUUCAAAUCAAAUUAUCCAAAGUCGGUGAAGAUAUUAGAAGUAAAUGGUUUUUUCACAAGGGCUAAUCACAAAUCUGCAUAUAGAAUCAUGGCAGCUCCCAUGAAUGGCUAUGAGGUAUUGUCUCAUUAUGUGGACUUCAUUGAUCAAGUAAUGGCAAAAGGCUUGGAGGAAUGGAGCAGCAUGAAAGAGCCCAUUGAGUUGUUGGGUGAGAUUGGAAGCCUCUUUUUUAAAGUAAUUUCACGUAUUUUCUUGGGGACUGACAUUGGAGCAUCUCGCAUGGCUGAGCUUGAGACAUUAUAUAAAGAUUUGGGUCCUGCAAUCUUGUCCAUUCUUCCUUAUGAUUUGCCUGGACUCACUUUUCAUCGUGCACUGAAAGCAAGAAAAAAGAUAGAAAAUAUUCUAGAAUGUGUGAUAGAGGAGAAAAGAAGAGCCCUAGAAAAGGAAGAAAGAGAAGUGGAGAGCCAAAUGGACAGAUUGAUUAUGGCAAGGGAUGAGAAUGGGAUGAAAUUAUAUGAUAACAAUGCCAUUAUAGACUUGCUUCUUGGAUUGCUGUAUGCUGGCCAUCAUACCCCAUCUAUUGCUGCUAUGUGGGCUCUCUUUAUUAACGAGCUAUUGAGAAGAAACACCAUCGUCGUUGCAAGUUUCCGCAAAGCAAAAAAAGAUGUAAACAUCAAUGACUACACCAUACCAAAGGGAUGGAACGUACUAAUUUGGACAAGAGCUAUUCAUAUGGACCCUCAAUUAUAUUCAAAUCCACAAGAGUUUGAUCCUUUGAGAUGGGAGAAUGGAACUGCCCCCAAGCUCGUAGACAAAUGCCUUUGCACAAUUACCAAGCUCCCAUAG